AUGAGGACUAAAAACCCAAUGGCGAAAAAGCCACCCCAAAUCUUAUUUUGUAAAAACAAAUACAGUCCUAACGUGAAGGUUGAGAACUGGGACUUGGUGGUACGGGCUGAGAAAAAAGAUAAUUACGUGUAUCGUGAUCAGCUGAGCAAUCACCUGAGUACAUACUUACGUCUUGGCAGUCAUGACCAAGGCGUUGGGCCCACUGAGACUGGACAUAUGCUGCAGCAAGUUUUUAUGAGAAAGGACCCCGUUUAUAUUUACAAGCCACUAGUUAAUUUUACGUCAUAUCCUUGCACUGAUACACCAGGACGAAAUAGACUUAUGAAAACGGCUGGGUUGGCGCAAUUGCCACCGGAUUUCGGGAUAAUGGACUAUCUUUCCACACAACAAGAUGAUUACAGGAAUCCCCAUCCGACUGUACUGAAACCGAUUACUAUGCCAUCACCAAUAUGGUUGAUGAACCGGGUCAUACGCUCGCAGCUGACACAGAACUACGGAACUGCGCCCCCUCGCGGUGAUUAUCAAUGCCUAGACACGCACACACCCAUAGACCACAUCAGAAAGAUGCGACUAAAGCGAUACCAAUCAUUUGAUCCAGCCUCGGGCCUCCAAGAUUUUCCCAGGUUGUAA